UGAUCCCAUCAGUGUAGAAACAGUAUAUAAGGCCAAUGCCACAGAGCAGCUCUGCUACAGGAGGCAAAAUGAGAAAGCUGUUGGUUUUGGCAUCUCUGAUUUUGGGCGUCUUUGGCAGGAAAACUUUUGAAGGACACCAGGUCCUGCGGAUCACUGCAGUCAAUGAUGUUCAGAUCUCUCUGCUGAAGAACCUGACUGAUCAUGAAUAUCUUGAGCUGGACUUCUGGAGGGAGCCCGUUCACGAGUCUCUGCCUGUUGAUGUUCAUGUUCCCUCAACCAGUCUUCACAAGGUCAAGAGCUUCCUGAAGAACAACAAGAUCCAUUAUGAAAUCAUGAUCCAGGAUCUUCAGGAUCUUCUGGAUGAUGAACACCAGGAGAUGAUGCGCUUUCGUGCUCAUCAGCCCAGAUCCACCAAUGAGUUCAACUACGCCACCUACCACACCCUGAGUGAGAUUUAUAGCUUCAUUGACAUGCUGGUGAAGGAGAACCCUCAGUUAGUUAGCAAAAUUAUGAUUGGUCAAAGCUACGAGGGCCGACCCUUGAAUGUUCUGAAGUUUAGCACUGGUCCUAACCGCCCUGGUAUCUGGAUUGACACUGGCAUCCACUCCAGAGAAUGGGUCACACAGGCUUGCGGAACCUGGUUUGCCAAGACGAUUGCGGAUUCCUAUAACCGUGAUCCUGCUCUCGCUGCCAUCCUUAAUAAGUUCGACAUUUUCCUGGAGAUCGUCGUCAACCCUGAUGGAUUCCAGUUCACCCACACCUCUGACCGCAUGUGGCGCAAGACAAGGAAGCCCAAUCCUGGAUCCAGGUGUGUUGGAGUUGACCCCAACAGGAACUGGGAUGCUAACUUUGGAGGCCCUGGUUCCAGUAACAACCCAUGUGAUAAUAACUACCAUGGACCUUCUGCCCAUUCAGAGUCUGAGGUCAAGGCCAUUGUGGACUUUGUCAAGUCUCAUGGCAACCUCAAAGCCUUUGUGUCCAUCCAUAGUUUCUCUCAGUUUUUGCUGUACCCUUACGGCUACACCACGACUCCUUGCAGGGACCAGGCAGAGCUGCAUAACCUUGCAUGGAAGGCUGUCACUGCCUUGUCUCGUCCUUAUGGCACCAGAUACCGAUUUGGCAGCGUCAUCAACGUCAUUUACCAAGCUAGUGGUGGCACCAUUGACUGGACCUAUAACCAGGGCAUCAAGUACUCCUACGCCUUUGAGCUGAGAGAUACUGGUCGCUUUGGUUUUGCCCUGCCUGCCAAUCAAAUCGUCCCCACUGCUAAAGAGACGUGGUUGGCCCUCAUGGUCAUCAUGGGCCAUACCAAGAACAACACCUACUGAACCAACAGCUGGGUCAAACGAUGAUGCUUCAGUUAAUACUGCACCUGCAGAUGCACGAUACAAACUAAUAAAAAGUCAUUUUUUAUGAGAGCAAUUUCCUCAUUAAAGCUUCCAAGUGCUGUGAAAG